AUGGCUUCUCUAUCUUCUCUUCUAUCAGUCUCCCCAUAUUCUGGAUGCAAAAUUCAGUCAUCCAUUAUUCCUUUAAACAAAAGACAUGGUGUUAAUAACUAUGUCUCAUGCAAAGCCUCUAAUCAUAUAGAAGAUUCUGUAAACAAAUUUGAUCGUAGAGAUGUGUUGUUUGGACUUGGAGGUCUUUAUGGCGUCGCCACUCUCAGUGGCAAUGACAUUGGAUUGGCAGCUGAUUGGUCAUUGUCGCCGGACGUCCAUAACUGUAAACCAUCGAAACCCUCCGCUGGCAAGAAGAUGGACUGUUGCCCACCAAAGAUCAAUAAAAUCAUCGAAUUCACCCCACCGGUUGUUCCAACACUCCGUGUUCGACCCGCCGUCCAUUUGAUGACCCCCGACCAAAUCGCGGAUUUGGAAAAAGGCAUUCAAAUGAUGAAAAACCUCCCCGAAGACGACCCUUGUAGCUUUGCGCAUCAAGCUAAAGUUCAUUGUGCCUAUUGCAACGAUGCCUACAAACAAAUUGAAAUGUCUCCCCACAAUAACAUUCACAAUUGGGUUGGAGAUCCAGAGGCUACAAUUCAAGGAGAAAACAUGGGACAUUUUCAUUCGGCAGGAAAAGAUCCGGUGUUUUAUGCUCACCAUACCAAUGUGGAUCGCAUGUGGAAUAUUUGGCAGAAAAUGAAGGAUCAACCAAGAGAUCACACCGACCCAGAUUGGUUGAAUUCCUCGUUUGUGCUUUACGAUGAGAAUCGAAAGGCUGUGCGUAUCAAAGUUUCUCAGUGUUUGGACAGUAAAAUCCUUGAUAUGUUUACCAAGACGUAA